AUGUCAUUCAAUGGCACUCAUCCCAAGUGCAAGGCUUGUGAUAAGACUGUUUACUUUGCUGAAAUGAUAACAGCUGAUGGAGUUCCUUACCAUAAAACCUGUUUCAAAUGCAGCCACUGCAAUGGAGUUCUUCAGAUGGGGAGAUAUUCAACCAUUGAAGGAAUCUUGUACUGCAAGCCUCAUUUUGAGCAACUUUUCAAGGAGACUGGGAGUUUUACAAAUAAAUUUCAAGCCGCGAAAACUCCAACCCUGACAAAAAGCCCCAGCAAACUUUCCUUCAAGUUCUCUGGAACUCAAGACAAGUGUGCAUUAUGCAAGAAAACAGUAUACCCUCUUGAGAAGGUGACUGUGGAAGGAGAAUUUUACCAUAAGACAUGCUUCAGGUGUUCUCACGGUGGUUGCUUUCUAACGACUUCUAACUACGCCGCCUUGGACGGUGUCCUUUACUGUAAGCCCCACUUUACACAGUUGUUCAAGGAGAAGGGCUCCUACACUCAUCUCAACAAGUGUUCUUCAACGAAGAAAAUGGACGUCCCUCCUAUACCAGACACUGCAAAACCUGAAUCUGAACCAGAACCCGAACCAAAAUCAACACAAGAUGCAGAAGCCACAUCUAAGUAAUCAAAUCCAUCUCAGUUUGGCUUCAAUAGAACUCCAUUCCUGUAGAUGGAAUAAUGAUUUAAUUUCCUCAUUAUUUAUUGAAAAUUUUAUUCUAAAUGGGAA